AUGGACACAAGCUCUUCACCUUCAGAAAUUAGGACAGAUAUUACAACCGUCUCUACGAAUGAAUUUAUCGAUGGAGGCCAAGUAAAUACAAAUGUUGAGUUUGCAGAUACAGUCGCUUACGUACGUUCCAUAAAGACUGAAAUUAAAAACUCUCCACUAUGUAAAGAUAGCUUUUGUUGUGCCGACGCAAGUCCUACUCCAGUUCAAAAUGUUCCAACUCCAUCUAUACACUAUGAAAGCAAUAGCAAUAACAAUUCUCUGAGCUUAAUAGCAUCAUCAUCUAGAUCAGAUUUGAAUUCAUAUACAGAUCAAUCACCCUCUCACUGGCGAAGACUAAAAAAGCGUACUUCAAACAUACUUGAGAUGCAAGACAAAAAUCCAACAACUUCAAGUACUCUCGAGUCUCAAAUUUCUUCUUGCCCUAUAGUCACCAGCAGUUCAGAAAGUGAUUCAUUUUUAACAACUACUACAAAUACUGUAAGCACCUGCUACAUAACUAGUUAUAAUAAUAUGAAGAUAUCACAUUCUGAUAUGAGGUUUAAAAACAAUAGCUUGUAUCAAAGUUUUCCAUCUCCAACUUCUGCCAUUAUCCCGUUGGCUAACACAUCUCUUUUGUUAGAUCCUGGCAAAUUCGGUUCACCCAACUCAAAGUGGAUUUCACCCGGUGCAAGUGGGUCUUCUAUCACAGCCUCAUUGACAGCUGUAAAUAUACAACAAAGAUUUCGGAAAGGAGAUGUUGUCAAGACACCUAAUGGUGUAAGAAAAAAAUUCAAUGGAAAACAGUGGCGACGUUUAUGUAGUCGAGAGGGUUGUACCAAAGAAUCUCAAAGACGUGGAUUUUGUUCACGUCAUCUUUCAAUGAAAGGAAAGGAAAUGCGUGUAAUGGGAUAUGCCGCUGCUGUAGCAGCUCUUAAUUCUUCCUCCGCAUCUCAACAUGGUACGUCGAAUAACCCUAGAGAGCAUGAAUCAAAUCGUAAUAAAAUGAAGUCAUUCACGACAACGGGGUUGUUAUCUUCAUCACAAACAUCACUGCUUCUCACUCCUUCUAUUUUCGCGCCCUACAAACUGGCUCCUUUUCUUUCAGCAAGUAGAUCAUCUGUAACAACUGAAAUGGGUUCCGAAACGAGUGCAAAACAAGCGGUUAUAUCAUCAUCAUCUACAACAAUGACAUUGCUGAUGACAAGUACAACAACGACAACUGCUAUUCCAAAACAGUCAGUGUUCUCACUUCCACUAACUUCAGUUCAUUUUAAUGAUCGCUAUGACUCAAGCACUGGACCUGCCACUGUUGGGGCACAGGUUACUCCGAUGCCUAUUCCAAGCCAUGCAUUCGCACCGUUACUGUUUAAUAAUCCCGUGGGACAAAUCUCUCCAAUUCCUACUCCUCUUGCUUUACUACCUAUUCUCACAGAUACUAUUUCUGUAGGAGAUAACUCGUUAAAAAAACAAGAUGUAUCAAGAUUUCAUUUUAAUAAUUCACCAGAUACUUGGAAUAAUCCAACGACAACGGAAAACCAGAACACUAAUUUCAACAAAAAUCAAAGUAGUGACAAUCAGUUUUGUGAUAAAGGUCACAAAAGUCCUGGUCAUUGUGAAUCAGACAAUAAUCAAUGUUCAACACAUUUAUUAAGUCAACUAUGCAAUCCGGUUAAUAUUGAGCAGUCUGUUCAAUCCACCGAAACAGAUUGUAAUUUAAAUUCUGAGGAACCUUGCGCCCAAGGAUCAAGUGAGAUAUGCGGUUCAGAACCCACUGAAAAUUGUAAUGACAGUGUCGACAAUGACCGUGAUCAUGAUGACAAUGAUAAUCGAAUAAGUGUUACUACUUCCGGAAUUGAUUUAAACAAUUCUAAACUUGAUAAUAUUGAAAUAUUUAAUGAAUGUUCAAUCAAUAAAAAAAUACAGUUACCUACAAUGUCAAUAACAAAUGAAAAUAACAAAGAAAGAAGACAUGUACGUCGUCCAAUGAAUGCUUUUAUUAUAUUUUCUAUGCGACAUCGUAGUGAAGUACAUCGUCUUUAUCCAAAUAAAGAUAAUCGUGUAGCAAGUCAAAUUUUAGGCGAUUGGUGGUAUCAUUUAGAUGCAUCAGAAAAAGCACCUUAUCAACAAUUAGCUCGUGAACUAAAAGCUGCACAUUUUCAAUCAUUCCCGAAUUGGAAAUGGUCAUCUAAACAAAGGCGUAGUUCCGUAAAUACAAAUACUAAAAAACAAUAUCGAACUCUCAAUCAUCCUCACUCAGGCGCGCCUACAUCAGUGACUACUUCUGAUAAUCUAUGGGUGAAUAAAUCUUUACCAGUUGAAAAUAAAUUAAAUACACAUUCAUUUACUAAUAAUCAAAUCAAUGAAUCUGACAAUGUUUCAACAAAUUCUGUUUUAAAUGAAUUAUCUUCAAAUAAUGAAUCAACUACAGUUUUGUCACAAUCUAAUUUAAAAAUUGAAAACAUCAAUCAACCUAAUCGUGAUGAUAAUCAGAAUUCCAUUGAAGUAAAAUCCUCUAUCAUUGUGAAUAAUGAAUAUAAACUAAAUGGUUUAGACUUACUAAUACAUGCUGUAAAAUAUUUGGAUAAAGAAAAUAAACUGUUCAAUGAUGAAAUAGUACAAUUCCCACUCCUUGGUAAUGUGAAUCUUGAUGCGGAUCCCGGAAACAUUCACAUUGGCAGUGACAAAUCAACCAUAUCCUGUGGCGAUCAUUUUGAAACUGUAAAUAACUCCGAUGAAAAAUUAACAGAGCACAAUUCUAAAGAUACAACAAUAACUCAUCAUAAUCCAACAUCAGUCUCAUUGAAUAAUUCAAUGAAAAAUCAUUUAUUACAAUGUCAUGUAAAUACAUCCAAGUGUAAUUCAAAUAGUCAAGUUGUAAUUCAAAACUCAUCAAGUUUCGAAAACUCUGAUGAUUGUCUACAAAAUCAUUCACUGAAUGAUAGCAUCAAAUCUGAUUCAACUAUAGACCUAUUUCAUUCAACAGUUACAUUACCAGUUGAAGUAGCAGAAAAUCCUCACCUACGUCCAUUAUCAACUAAUAUUGAACCGAUGUUAUUGUCGUCACCAUCAUCUUUACCAUCCAAUGGUAACUCAUUUACAGAAUUGAACAACUCCUCUUUACCUGAAAUGAGUCAACAAUCUGUAGAAAACAUUUGUACGUCUUCAAAAUGUAUUCAAACCAAUCUAAUCAACGAAAUUUCUUCAGAAAACAAUGCUAAUACUCACCUAACUAACCAAGAGAAUUUGACAAUACAACCGAUAAACAAUGCAUGCCAUCAACUUGUUUCACUUAAAGAAGAAAAUUGUGUAAAUGAAUCUGAACCUUCUGAUAACGAGAAUCUUCAUGAUCAACAAACUGUUACUUCUAAACCAAGACCUCCACCAUUAAAAUUGCAAAAUGAUUUAUUCAAUUCCGAUAUCAUAAACAAAGAUAUUGAACAAUCCGGUAGAUCGCUUACGAAAAGUACACUACGUACUCCAUUCUCAGCUGAUGCAGCUAAUCGAUGUUUUAAAAGGAAAUUCGAUGAAACCACAGAGAAUAUUUUAGCUCAAAUCAAUUUUCGGCGUCGAUUUUCUUAUUUACCGAAAUUCAACCCAAAUACUGUCGCUACUACUACUACUACACAAAAAUUGUCAUCACCAGUGUCUAUCGAUCAGUUAUCCGUAAACUCUGCUGGACCUCGUUUAUGUUCAGAAGCUAUUCAGAAUAUUCCAACACUUAGUAUCGACACUAGUCAACAAUUAAGCGUGCUAACUUCUCCAAGUUCACAUCUUAGUGAUUCAGAAAAUAUUCAUCAAAAUUUGUCACCGAAAAAAUUUGAUACAGAAAAAUCAAGUUAUUAUUCGGAAAAUAAUAUAUUUUUCGGUAAAAACUUUCCAAAUAUCAAUGAAUUAAAAUUAACUACUGAUGGUUCAUUGAAUUCAUGCCUACAUGAUUCUUCACCGAAUUCAACUCCGUUGAAUCAUUCAUUGAAAAAUCAUCCAAUUGCACCAAAAAUUAAUAAUCAAAUCAAUCAAAAUUUAUCAUUGAAACUUCCUCAUUUAUCUGAAAUAAAUAAAAUGAAAUCAAAAUCUAUUUUACAUAUACGACGUAAAUUAGUUUUACAAUUAUUCCAAGAAUAUGGUUUGUUUCCAUCAAUUCCAGUAAUUACUCAUUUUCAACAAUGUUAUGCCUGCUACUUUCCUAACCGUCAAGCUUUACAAUUGAAGAUACGUGAAAUUCGUCGUCGAAUAAUGCAAGCCGAUUUCGAUCCAAUUCAAAAAGCUAUCAUCAAGGAUAGUUAUGAUGGUCUAAAUGAUAAAAAGAAUGCUGACGAUGAUUAUGAUGAUGAUAAUGACGACGAUGUUGAAUUGACAAAAAUAGGGUGCUCGUUAAGAACUUUUUCAAGCCAUUCCAUCCCUAUGGUUAAAUUGACUAAAAGUCUACAUGAGUACACCAACAGAUGUUCUAAUAACAACGAAAACAACUCCACUAGCACUAAUUCCUCGUUGACAAAUCCGUUAGUAGUUUGAGAACGCUUAGUUCUUUUACAUCUGAAUACACGUGAUGUCCGACUUGUGUAUCAUCUUCCUCCCAUGAUUAAAUCUUCUAUCGCUUUCAUACAGUCUUCGAUAGGGUCAAUUGUUAUCAUUGUUACCUUUCAAAUUUAUCCGCUACUAAUCCAGUGAAUUUUGACUUGUCAUUUUAUAUUUUAUUCAAAUAUGUUUCUGAUAUUUAUUCAUUUGCUUUUAUAUUACAUAUUUAUGUAUACUGAUUUGAUGUUGUGUUUCAAAUAAACACACUAAUUAACAUACCUGUCAUCAUUUUAUUUCUUUUUCAUUGUUUUAUUUUCCAGUUUACUCAUUUCUAUUCUCUUGUCAUAUAUUAUUUCAACUUAUCUAGCUUUUUAUGCUUAUACCAAAGUUUUGUUCAAUUACAUAUGUGCAAUUAAACUAACUUCAUACGAUGCCUUUUUCUCUUCU